AUGUGGAAGCAGAUCGGAAAACCGGAAGCAUCUCCACCAUCGUGCCAAGCAGUGACAGCUUCUGGAGAACCACUCAGCAUCGCGUCCGAAUUCUGGUGUGACGUGACCAUCACUGGUAUCUCCAAACGAGGUUUGUAUCGUGUACCGGAAAUCAAUCUAUCAGUUCUAGGUUCCGAUUGGAUGGACAAGUUUGGCCUUUGGGAUGUGCCGAUCAACUCCUUCUGCAACCAAGUCAGCAUUCGGACGCCAUCCGACGUAGCGUCACUCCAGGCGAAAUUCCCGGAAAUUUUCACCAACAAAAUGGGUCUUUGCGGCAAAACGAAGGUCAAGCUUCAGCUACAAGGUAAUCCCACUCCGGUAUUUCGACCAAAGCGUCCCGUCUCCUGCAGUAUGGAAGGUGUCGUCGAAGAGGAAAUUCAGCGUCUACACAGUCUGGGGGUCUUAAAGCCAGUAGAUUUCUUGGACUGGGCUGCACCUAUAGUGGUCGUGUGGAAGCCCAACGGAAGAGUACGGAUCUGCGCCGAUUUUUCAACGGGUUUGAACGACGUCCUUGAAUGUCGGGAUGUCGGUAUGUACUUCAGCCAUAUCGACCUAUCCGAUGCCUAUCUUCAGGUAGAGGUGGAUGAAAAAUGCCAAAAUCUGCUCACCAUCAACACCCACAAGGGGCUCUAUCAAUUCACCCGCUUGUCCCCUGGCAUCAAGUCAGCCCCGGGGGCAUUCCAACAGUUGGUAGAUGCAAUGCUUGCAGGACUCAAAUUCACCUGCGGCUACCUGGAUGACGUUCUUCUAGGUAACCGAACUGAAGAAGAACACAAUCGGAAUCUGGAGCGUCCGAUGAGCCGAUUGCAGGAAUAUGGGUUCACCAGAUGCGAAAGUUGCGUGAAAGCUGGAGCCAAAUGGGACUGGAACACGGCCUGCCAAAACUCGGUCGACCGAUUCAAAGAGCUUUUGAUGUCUCCGCUGAUGCUGACGCACUACAAUCCAAAGCUGGAUACCGUGGUGUCUGCAGACGCCUCGUCCAUCGGCAUCGGUGCUAGGAUUGCUCAUCGACUUCCGGACGACACCAUAAAAGCAAUCAGCAAUGCGUCCAGAAGUCUCACUUCGGCCGAAGAAAACUACAGCCAGAUAGAAAAAGAGGGUUUAGCCUUAAUAUUCGCCGUUACACGUUUCCAUAGGAUGCUGUUUGGCCGGCAUUUCACUCUCGAAACCGACCAUAAACCAACUGAAAACGCCGCCAUUCCACCCACAGUCCAACGGAUUGGCAGAAAGAAAAUGGAACAAAGUAAGCAAGACAGCCAAUAUAACCUCAAACAAGGAGCCAAGACCAUCUACUACAAUCCUCAGGACCUGGUCUGA